CCGCCGCCGCCGCCGCCGCCGCCGGUGUGCAGAGCUUCCAGCUCCAGCGGGAAGGAGGCCGCGGCCUGGGCCGAGCCUGGAGCCGCCGCAAGCCGGAGCCUCCUGGAGCCCCCGCGCCGGCUCCACCUGGGGGCGGGCUCAGGCCCGGCCCGCCGCCGAGCCCCGGACCGAGGCCGCAUGCCCGAGGACCAGGCUGGCACAGCCAUGGAGGAGGCAUCUCCCUAUUCCUUACUUGAUAUCUGCUUGAAUUUCCUGACUACACAUCUUGAGAAGUUCUGUUCAGCAAGACAAGAUGGAACAUUGUGUUUGCAAGAACCUGGAGUAUUCCCACAGGAAGUGGCUGAUCGACUGCUUCAGACCAUGGCCUUUCAUGGUCUCCUGAAUGAUGGAACUGUAGGUAUUUUUAGGGGUAACCAGAUGCGCUUAAAGAGAGCUUGCAUUCGCAAAGCCAAGAUCUCUGCUGUUGCUUUUCGGAAAGCCUUCUGCCAUCACAAGUUAGUGGAACUUGAUGCAACAGGUGUGAAUGCUGACAUCACGAUUACAGACAUCAUCAGCGGGCUUGGCAGUAAUAAAUGGAUCCAGCAAAAUCUCCAGUGCCUGGUGCUGAAUUCAUUAACUCUGUCCCUUGAAGAUCCUUACGAGCGGUGCUUCAACCAGCUUUCUGGCCUUCGAGCGUUAAGCAUCACCAACGUUCUCUUUUACAAUGAAGACCUGGCUGAAGUUGCCUCAUUGCCAAGAUUAGAGAGCCUGGAUAUUUCUAACACCUCAAUUACAGACAUCACGGCUCUGCUGGCCUGCAAAGACCGACUCAAGUCUCUAACCAUGCAUCACUUAAAAUGUUUAAAAAUGACAACUACUCAGAUACUGGAUGUUGUUCGAGAACUAAAAUAUCUGAAUCAUCUUGAUAUAUCAGAUGAUAAGCAAUUUACAUCAGACAUAGCUCUUCGAUUAUUAGAACAAAAAGAUAUCCUACCCAACCUGGUCUCCCUGGACGUUUCUGGGAGAAAGCAUGUGACAGAUAAAGCUGUUGAAGCCUUUAUACAACAACGGCCCAGUAUGCAGUUCGUAGGUUUGCUGGCCACUGAUGCUGGUUACUCUGAAUUCCUCACAGGCGAAGGGCAUUUGAAGGUGUCUGGAGAAGCCAACGAAACUCAGAUUGCAGAGGCAUUGAAGCGGUACAGUGAGCGAGCAUUCUUUGUCCGGGAAGCUCUAUUUCACCUUUUUAGUCUGACUCAUGUGAUGGAAAAAACAAAGCCAGAAAUUUUAAAGCUUGUGGUCACUGGGAUGAGAAACCACCCUAUGAAUUUACCAGUGCAACUUGCUGCAAGCGCCUGUGUAUUUAAUUUAACCAAGCAGGAUCUUGCUGUAGGAAUGCCUGUCCGACUUCUGGCUGAUGUGACCCAUUUGCUGCUGAAAGCUAUGGAACAUUUUCCUAAUCACCAGCAGUUGCAAAAGAAUUGCCUCCUUUCACUUUGCAGUGACCGGAUCCUUCAAGAUGUUCCAUUUAACAGGUUUGAAGCAGCUAAGCUUGUCAUGCAGUGGCUCUGCAACCAUGAGGAUCAAAACAUGCAAAGGAUGGCAGUUGCUAUCAUUUCCAUUCUGGCUGCCAAGCUUUCUACAGAACAAACUGCACAGCUUGGUGCUGAGCUCUUCAUUGUGAGGCAACUUCUUCAAAUAGUGAAGCAGAAAACCAAUCAAAAUUCGGUGGAUACUACUUUGAAAUUUACUUUGAGUGCACUUUGGAACCUCACAGAUGAAUCUCCAACCACUUGCAGACACUUUAUUGAAAACCAAGGGUUAGAACUCUUCAUGAGGGUUCUAGAGUCUUUUCCAACUGAGUCAUCCAUUCAACAGAAAGUUCUAGGACUUUUGAACAAUAUAGCUGAAGUACAAGAAUUGCAUUCUGAAUUAAUGUGGAAGGAUUUUAUAGACCACAUCAGUAGUCUCCUUCAUAGUGUGGAAGUGGAAGUCAGUUACUUUGCAGCAGGAAUUAUUGCCCAUUUAAUAUCUAGAGGUGAACAAGCUUGGACAUUGAGCCGUAGCCAGAGGAAUUCUCUUCUGGAUGACCUGCAUUCAGCUAUUUUGAAAUGGCCAACUCCAGAGUGUGAGAUGGUAGCAUACAGGUCCUUUAAUCCAUUUUUUCCAUUACUUGGCUGUUUCACAACACCAGGAGUCCAGCUAUGGGCAGUUUGGGCCAUGCAACAUGUCUGCAGCAAGAAUCCCUCAAGGUAUUGCAGCAUGUUGAUUGAAGAAGGAGGAUUGCAGCAUUUAUACAACAUCAAAGAACAUGAACAGACUGAUCCCCAUGUCCAGCAGAUUGCUGUGGCCAUUCUGGACACUUUAGAAAAACACAUUGUACGCCAUGGGAGACCACCUCCCUGUAAAAAGCAGCCCCAGGCCAGACUAAAUUGAUAGCCAUAGGCAAUUGGAUAAUUGAAUCACAGGAAUCCUUUUUGUGAUAGGUUCAUUAGGAUAUCGUCUGUGAUGUUUUGGGGUUUCCAUAACAAGAGGCUUAGAUCAGUUUGGGAUUGAUGAUGUACAGUACUGCCCAUGUGAACAGUCUCUAAUUUGUUUUGUGAUUUUUAACUUAUGAGGUAAGAAGGGUCUCUUCCUUCAUCAUUGCUUUUUAGAAAAAUUUCUACAUCUUUCAGUGUUUGAACUUACCUGUGCUUGAAAUUCUAGUUUUAUGAUAAAGUUUGCACGAACCCUUAGGCCAGACUUUUCUGACCUUAAAGACCCUUCUAAUCAGUUUGCAGCUUCAGAUAAGCUGUUAACCUGAUUUCUUAAACUGCUUCAGUUGUAAAUUUUAUAAUGCUCUGUAUAAAAUGCCUUUAUUCUC